GUUUUCAUAACCCGGGGGGAAGUGGGCUGCGUGGUGGAGAUUUACAGAAGGCUGCACCCUCAACGCGAUUUAAAAUGCCUGAUGAGAACAAAUAUGCUGCCAUUUCAAUAUAUCUGAAGCCCCAGAUGUGGCGGGAGAGUCACCGACUCAUGUAGAAGGUUAUGGAGCCAAACCUUCUGUGUUUCAUCCUUUUUACCCUGUUUGGCUUUGUGCUAACCUCCUUCGAUGAGCACCACUACAAUGGUACCAGACACUACAAUUACUGUGUGCUUGGAGCUGGACCUGCUGGUCUACAGAUGGGGUUCUUCCUCUCCAAAGCAAGAAGGGACUACAUCAUCUUGGAGAGGAACUCUGGCCCAGGCAGCUUUUUCAACAAAUAUCCCAGGCACAGGAAGCUGAUUAGCAUUAACAAAAUCCACACAGGAAGGUGCAAUCGAGAGUUCAACCUGCGGCAUGACUGGAACUCUCUGCUGAGCGAUAAACCAGACCUGCUGUUCAGGAGGUUGAGCAGCGAGUUUUACCCUCCGGCCGAUGCUUUCCCUCUGUACCUUUCCAUGUUUGUGAGGGAGCUCGGGUUAAAAGUACAUUAUGGUGUGGACAUCGGACGGAUCAGGUCUGUUCAGUCAGCCACAGGAAGGAGCUACGUCCUCACUGAUCAACACGCAGCAGACUAUACAUGCAGCAUCCUUCUAGUAGCGACAGGUCUGUGGGUUCCUCAGGAGGUAGAGUUUGCAGGGUCUGACUUGGUUGAGGGCUAUGAGUCCAUCACCACUAACCCUGAUGACUACAAAGGCCAGGCUGUGCUGAUCUUAGGGAAAGGAAACUCUGCAUUUGAAACCGCCCAGAGCAUCUUGGGAAGAGCGAGCCGGGUGCACAUGCUCAGCUCCAGCCCUGUUCGGCUGGCCUGGCAGACACAUUACGUUGGCGAUCUCCGAGCUGUUAACAAUGAGCUAUUGGACACAUACCAGCUGAAAUCUCUUGACGGGUUGGUUGAGGCACACCUGGAGGACGUAGUCAUCUCCAAACAAGAGAAGAGCAGCAGGAGAUCAGGAGUGAAGGAUGCAGAGAUGAGGGCAAAGCUCUAUCUGGGUUUGCAGAAGUACAUGCAGAACAGCGAUGAGAGGAAUGGUUCUAUUGCAUCCCGAGAGGAGCUUCAAGUUGACCACAUCGACAACUUUCCCCUGCGGAAACCUUAUGACCGGGUGAUCCGAUGCCUUGGAUUCAGGUUCAACUUCAGUAUUUUUGACAGCUCUGCAUGCCCCCCACACAGCGAAAAUGCAAAAGGGAGACUACCAGGGGUGACGGCGUGGUAUGAGGGAAAGAACACUCCCGGUUUGUUCCUUUUGGGAACCGCCUCUCACUCCAGAGACUAUCGAGCCUCUGCUGGAGGCUUCGUCCAUGGAUUCCGUUAUACAGCUCGAGCCGUACAUCGUUUACUCGAAUACCGUUACCACGGCAACACAUGGCCAUCAACCAGACUCGUGACAACACAGCUGAUGUCCUGGAUCCUGAAGCGGGUCGGAGAGGCCUCUGGACCGUACCAAAUGUUUGAGAUGCUCGGGGAUGUUAUACUUCUUCAAGGUUCUCACUGUGAGUACAUCGAAGAGUUUCUGCUCCAGGCUUUGCCCCAGUUCUCCUCUCUUUCUGGCCAUGAGGUGUCCAGUCAAGGGGUGAUAGUGGUGGUCAUGCAGUAUGGGAAGAAGAAGAUAGACUAUCUUGGGCGUAGCAGGGCAGAAACAGACUGGACUAGAGCUUGGAAAUCCAACUUUCUCCACCCUGUUUUAUACUACUAUGACUCACUCCCUACAGAGCAAGACAUGAAGAUGCGUCCCCAUGGCUGGCCUUUACCAAGGCCAAAGGCGAUUCAUCACAUGGUUGAGGACUUCCUCACAGAAUGGGACGGUCCCCUGUCUCACAUCCAGCCACUGCGGCGCUUUCUGGAGCACUGUGUCCAGACUGACCUGAGGGCAUUCAGUGCAGAGACGUGUUUCCACUCAGCCCUCACACACCAUAAGCCUCCGCUGUUCUGUCAGCAGGGAUAUUUGAAUCAGCAGGGCGUCCAGCACUACAGUCACCUGAGACGGCGCGUUUACAAGGCUGGACCGGUGCCGGUUGAGCAAGUCACUGCUGGAAUGUCAACGGCAGCAAACCCUGCAUUUCCAAACUACCUGGCACCACCUGGAGCAUCCGUAUCUUCUGGACUGAAACUUGACCUCUGAUUGUUUUACCCAUUAAAUGCUGCUUUGGUCUCUCAGAAUCGCUACCUUCAUCACUCAGAGUCAUUCUCUUAUAUUCUAUCCUUAUACUAGAGAAAUUUAUUUUUACCACCAUUAUCUUGUAAAUCUGUCAGAUUUCUACUCAAAAAAUAUCAGCUCAAGACAAAUGUAGUUUUCAAUCUAACCCCUGAUUUAUUACAUGGUCUUUCUGUUAUAAGCUGGAGGUUGCAAGUUAUCGUUGAUCGCUGAAAAUAAGAUGUUCCUUGUGAGCUAAUUUGUUUUGUUUUUCACAAUUUUUUGUCUUUACAAUGGUGUAUUUUAGUUUUGCAUCGCAUACUACAAUACUGCUGGGUUUGACAAAUUAUGCUUUAUUCAUGUUUUACUUGAGGUUUUAUAUAUACAAAGUGGAUAUAUAACAUGUCUCAUUGCAAUGCAUAUUUAGCAUAAACACAAAAGAGCAGAUGCCACAUUGGCUUUGUUGCCCAGUAGAAACAUGUCUACCAAUCUGUUAGAGGCAGAUUCACCUUAGAAAACCAUAGAAGUGUUCUUGGAAACAGGGAUUUUGAAUAAAAAUAUUUUAAAUUAA